AUGAGUGCUUCCGUAGACAUUGUGAAUGGGAACAGGACUUAUGCCCCGCCACACGGGGAAGAGGGAAAUAGGCAGACAGCUAGGUCCUACCCUGGAGCCCCUGUGACUGACUCCUGUGGUCACGAACAUGCAGCCAAGCGCACCUCGUCGUCUCUGGCUAAUACUCCCGUUACCUGCGUCAACGAGGUCUUACCGCAAGUAAGUCAAGAGGACGAGCAACUGACUCUGCCUCUCGCUCUUUCCCAGACAAUUGACUGUCUUGCGGAGGUCCCUGGAGAGCCUGCCCUCGCCGCGGAUGCUUCUCCCUCCCAGCACGCCUGCGGUGAGAUGGCGAGAGAGGAGAAGCUGGACAACCUGGAAACGUCUGGGGAUAAUUGCGUGAGAAGGGUCGGAGACAAUGGAGAAGUGUGCCUCAAGUCUUGCUGUCAGGAAGGGGAAGGCAGCAUAGGAAUGUCUUUCGCAGGAUCGGACAGAGACCCAGACGAAAGCGCGCGAGCGUCUGCGCCAGCUUGCUGUGGGAGAAGGUGGAACAAAGCACCAAACGAAAUGCGGACACAUGAAGGAUGUGUCCUGUCGCUGUAUAUUAGAUCAACAGGAGGGAGACGGGACCAAAGCGCUGCCAGGAUGGACGCGGCCUCCUGCCGCGAGGAACCCUCACGCUGUGAGCAUGCGGCGAAUGGCGGGGACGCCUCAAAUCUCAACCACCCGCAGGAGCCACCUUUUUCUUCUCUUCACCUCUCUCACUUGCAAGAUCCCGUUUUUGAAAGCGGGAGGAGCUGCCCGCCUCUAGCGACGGUCGACGGCAGCUUGAAGUUUGACCGGGUGCGCCUCGAUCCUGGACUGAGAACGCUGCUGGAGGACAGCGGCGAAGGUUUCGACGACGACGAGAUUGUAGAGUCGUCCGCCAUGAAGCGAGGAAAUUCGUGGCCAUACUUUUGGGUGCGGCGUCACCUUCUCCUUGAACGCCGAUCCCUCCUGUACUUCUCGUUUCCGCCUUCCCCGUGUGCACCUCCACGCGGUUUUCUGCCUCUCCACGCCCACACGCGUGUCUUGGUUCUUCCGGAGCGGAUAUCGCUGUACGGGCGGACAAACGCCUAUCUUCUCGCGGUGUUCAAUCCUUCUCCUUCUACGGCUCUUCUGCCGCCCAUCCCCUCUUCGAAGGCCUCGCUCCUGUCGACUCUGGUGGCUUUCCUCCCCACAGCAGCUGCGGCCCUUUCCGUGGUGGGAUCCAAUGUGUCUCCGUCGCCGUGUCGGGCGCCAUCGUUCCUUUCGGGCACCUCGUCCUUCUCGCUUCCACCUCAGUGGCGGCUGCAUCGAGGGCAUCGCACGAAGCAUCCUAAGUCGCCUUCUUUCCGGCGCCUGUCUACGUCCUCUGGCGCGCGCAGCCCUUCCGUGGCUCCUGUGCCUUGGUCUCCGAUAAACCCCAUCCUAGCAAUCAAGGUGCCGACGCUCAGCGCUUCGCAGCUGCCGCUGCUGUCUUCUGCAUCCAACACAGGUGCCUCGAGCGACUGCAGCCUCGACGUCUCUCUGCGGUCAUCGCCAGACACACGGACACAUGCUGUCUCUUCCCUGUCUCCUCCCGUGGUGAUUUGCUCGCCUGAUUCCUUCUCGGCAACGUUUGACAACGCUGAGCAGCCCAAGUUUCUCUUCGAUUUCGGGGACCCCGGUACCUACUGCCGAUUCUGUCGCUCUCUCGCGCUGACCAUUCGUCGCGUUCAGAGACAGGCGGACGCAAAGAAUACCGUCAACCUCUCGCAGAGGCUCUCUCAGGGAGCUGGGGCUUCUCCCCGCCACUGGGAGUCGGACUCGCCGGGACGCUCGAAAGCCCCUUCACAGAGCAAAAACGCAUCAUCUUCCUGCUCUUCCUGCCUGCAUCUCUCAGAGAGAGUAAGCGGAGAGGCGGUACCGUCAAGGCGGGACGAAGAGCCAGAGAAUGCGACGCACAUACACAACCGUCUGUCGUAUGUCGCUGCGCCACCAGGGGUCUGCCGCUCCCCUGUCUUCUAUCCGUCGAGGUGCCCGUCGACUCACAAAAGAACUCCAGCGACGGCGGCAACUGUAAGAGCCGGCUCCAGUGAGUUUCAGUCUUCUCCCGGCUUAUAUUCGUUGUCUGAGAGUCCAUCGUGGAAUAGGGACGAAGCCACGCACCCCGCUGCGUGUAGAACGCGUUUCUUGGAGCCUGCCAGCUGCGCGACGGAUCUGGACAGCCGACCAUGCCUGGCCAUUCUUCCUCGCUGGGACACUGUCCCCCUUGGUGGCACACCAGCUCACCACUGUCGAUGUCAGGUCUGUAUGUACAGUGAUUCGAAACCAGAGGAGGGUUGUCAGCGUGCUCAGGCUCCGUGUUUGUCCUCGUCUUCGUGCUGCCCUCGAGAGCUAGAUGCGUGCAGGGCGAGGGGAUGCUUUCUAGGUCCACAGGGGCCUCCUGACGGGGAGCCCAUCUCUUUAUCAAACACGAGAGAAGUUCUUCCUCGUUUCAACUCGGGCUUCUCUGCGGGAUCGUCGCGGGUCCCUGUGGAGAAAGGCGAAUUUUUUCCAGGGAGUACAAGUCCUUGUACGUGGGGGUAUGCCGAGUCUGAGCAGCUCGAGCCCCGUGCUGACGUUGUUGAGGCCUUAUCUUCUCUCCUCGACUGUCUGAAGUCGAAAAAGCGCCGCGAGCAGAGGGAACUUAGGGGUCGACCGGUGAGACAAGAAGGAAGAGGGCAGGGCGGGUAUUUUCCACUGCACAGCGCGGAAGGAGGCGUUUUGUGUGCUGCUCAUCAAAACCGAGUCUUUGAGCAAGGCCAAGUUGCCAUGACUCCGCAACCAUUUGUGCCCGCAGCAGGGCCAGUUAUGCCUGUUUCUCCCUCGCAAGAACCUCAAUUCUGUGGAUGCCUCCCAAGUAGGGAUGAGUUCGUGGAGCCCGUUGGCGAUUCAACUCACCUAGCUUCUGGUGGCGACGCAGAGCCACUCCGCAGGGAGGUUGUGCGAGGCUCGGACGGAGAUUGUCGCUGUUGCAAAAGUGAGGAAAUUGUGGACCGUGGAGGGGACGAGAUACACGGUGGUACCGGUUCGGAGCAGCGGUCUCAGACGGAAUCCACAGAGACAAUCCGAUCGCUCAGCCACACUAUGAACAAGUUACUGCAUGCACUGGAGGAGUUCUCGCCUCAUGCAUCUCCUCAGUGGACUGGAGAAAAAUCAUCAAAAAGGGAGCUUUCUCAACGGCCAGGAGGCACUUUUCCCAGCAACAACACGACCACUACUUCACCUUCCCGAGAGGGCAAAGCCCAACGCGUGUUCGGUGCUGCCUUGUGUCCGACGGAUCCAUGGUUACGUUCUCGCAGGGAAAGCGACGGGGGCCACUCUCUGAACAUCGCGGACCAGACAACGUCAGAGUACGGCUCGUACGGUUCUUCGAGGCCGAGCACCUCCCGACCUCGUGAUGCUGGGCGGAUGAGUUCCUUCGGCAAAGAAAACAAAGGCAUACACAACGAAGAAGACUGUCAGGGUCUGCACACAGUGUCCCCGGACACCACGGAGCCGUACUUCGGCGGAGACGAGACCACUCGCGCAUUUUCCGCGAGCAGAGGGGAGUUUGAUAUCGACGGGACUGCCGAAGACGGAACUUCUGCAGCGAAAGACCUGCUGCUCGUGCAGCAGCAGGAUCAACUCGAGCGGCUUCAGUCGGUGGUAGAUUUCCUUCUGCGACAGCAAGAACUACAGCUCGCUGAAGGGCGACAGAAAGACGAGGCGGCCCUUCGGGAAGAGUGGGAAGAACAACAGAGACAGUGGGAGGUGGAGAGGCGCCUGAGAUUGCAUGCAAGCCCUUGCCACAUGGACGGAGGGCGUAAAUCUCUCGGGACUCCAGGUUGUCCCGCUCCGCAAAACGCUCAACUACCCGCGGCGGAUACUUUGACUUGUUAUGAGUCUGCCGGGGAAAAGUUUGAUGGGAUUGCUAAGCCAGGAAACUCUAUGGGCUUGCAGGGAGGUGGGUCGGUGUGUUUUGCCGUGGAGAACGGCCUGUCACCUUCUGCGUAUACAGCACAAGGGGGAGGAGCCGAAGACACUGCAUGCUGUCUUGCCGCUUCGUCUGUUCCACUAAGGUCGCCUCCUUGCUUCCCGCUUUCUGGUGGUGAUCACGUGGCAAGCCAAGAGGGGACGAGGGGCAUAAUGUAUGAAGAGAAGGACAGGUCACCUUCAUGUGAGGGUGAGACGAUGGUAGACUCAUAUGUGAGCCCUGUCAUACGAGCUUCACAAAUGACUGAGAACGAGGAAAUUUUGUCGGCAGAGAAGAGUGUGUUGCACGAAAGGAUUUAUAGUCAACCUGACGUGGGCCCUCCGAAUUUUCCAGAGAAAAGAGUGGAACAGCCGCUUUUUUUCAGCAUCUCGACACCGCGAUUCCGUCUCGACACGUGUGAUGACGACGAGGAUCUGCCACAGACAACACCUACUGGUUAUCGAGUGCAUUACAGUUUGGGAGGUCGGGGUUGCAAAGAAGGCAGGGCAUGCUGUACAAGCGAUCAAGGCAGACACGAUCCCGUUUCCCCAGCGAGCGCAGUAAAGAGACCAGACUUCAAUCUUGGACUAGCUCCAGCUCUGGCUGCUCUGCCCGGCACGAGCAUCCACCAGCCCGGUGAGGAGACAGAUUACGUCGAGGAGACAGUUCAGAUGCAUGACAAAGGGCCAAAGGUUGGACAAGUCAAAGACAAUCACGAAUCGCAUUGCGUUUGGGGUGAGGAGACUUCAUUUGAGGGGACGGGAAAAGGGUUCCAGGAGGCGAACGAAACAGGCAGUGAAGAGGACGUCAACAGCGGGCGGAAGGACGCUCUGAUGCCAGCAGGAGAUGAAAAAGGCAAAGAGAUACGCAAUCAGCUUUCGUUUCCAUCCGCUUCGGCAGCACACGCCUGGGCGCGUUUGCAGGUAUCCAUAGAACAAGAGGAAAAGAGAGACUGUGUGCACACGACCAGCGAUGCAGGCAGUGGCGUGUCACCGACGUCGGCCGCCGAAAGAGACGGAGAGGUUGAAAUAUGGAGCAGUUUCCCAUCAGAAAAAGAUGUCCAGAAACAGCACACGAAGAUGUCGAAGAAGGAACUGGUAAAAACCUAG